GGUCGCAGAGCAGUCUGGUGUUGAGCAGUAGAGAGAAGCGGAGCGGAUUCAGAGAGACUGUUUUCUCCGUCUAUAAUCUCUGGAUGGCUGGUUAACCACACAGAAAAACACUCCAGUUCUCCAGCUUCUUCUUCACAUGUAAAAGAGGAUAUUUUUUACUCACUUGUUGUUACUGGAGUCACACAGAGAGAGAGAGACGAGCUGCAAGAUGAAAUACAAAAACCUGAUGGCUAAAGCAUUGUACGACAACAUGCCGGAGUCCCCCGAGGAGCUGGCCUUCCGUAAAGGGGACAUCCUGACGGUCAUCGAGCAGAACACAGGAGGCCUGGAGGGCUGGUGGCUCUGCUCCCUGCACGGCCGCCAAGGCAUCGCCCCCGGCAACCGCCUGAAGCUGCUGAUCGGACCCAUGUUCGAGGCCCAGUCGCCGACAGCCGCAGCCGGCGCCGCCCAGUCCCCCUCUCAGAGCUCGGCCUAUCAGCAGAAGGCUGGCUCAGCGGGGGCUCAGGGGAUCUACCAGGUCCCACCGUCCCUCCAGAGUCCACAGCAGCAGCAGCAGAGCAUCUACCAGGUUCCUCCCUCACAAGACAUCUACCAAGUCCCACCAAGGAGUACUCUAGCUGCUGACAACACACCGAGCAAGGUGGUGACCCCGACCAGAGUGGGACAGUCCUACACCUACAGCCCGGGACAGCACAACCAGCAGGACCUCUAUGACGUCCCACCCAGUAGAUCACAGGGGGUGUACGAUAUUCCACCUGGUCAGAUGUUUCCCGGCGCCAGAAACCAAGGAGUUUACGAUGUCCCUCCGUCUCAAGUGGACCCAAGGACACAAGGCGGCGUUUACGACAUACUUCCCUCCUCACAAGGGGUCUACUCGGUGCCUCCCUGCAGGACCAACCCCGCCCUCCAGGAGGGAAACUACGACUUCCCGCAACCUCUCAAACACAAGCAGGAAGGCAUCUACGACGUGCCGCCGCCUGCCCUCACCAAACCCUCAAAGAGCCCCCAGUCGCAUUAUGACUUCCCCCCCACUGUGGAGCCUCCUGCCCAUCACCAACACCCAAAUACCAACGGCAACGAAGGCAUUUACGACGUACCUCCGCCCGCCCUUCAUUCGGGGGCGGGGUCUCAGAGGGACGUGUCUCAGAGGGACAUGUCUCAGAAUGACGUGUACGACAUCCCCCGGGGCAUGCUGCCCCCUCAGCACCGAGCCUCGCCCGCCGACAGAGACGGAAGCAAAGGCAUCUACGACAUCCCCGCUCAGGAUGCUCGCGCGGUGGCGGACGUGACGGACGGUGUGAACCGCCUGUCGUUCUCCAGCACCGGCAGCACGCGCAGCAGCAUGUCCACUUCCUCGUCCUCCACGGGCUCCAGCUCCGAGGGCCGCCUCGCUCUGGAUGUGGACGCCGCCGUGCAGAGGUUGUGCCGCCUGCAGCAGGCCGUGGAGGCCUCAGUCGGGGCUAUACAGUCGAUGGCGGCUUCCCCUCACUGGAGGACUUUUCCCUUCAUGGAGCGCCACGCUAACGACGUCCGCACGGUGCUGGACAGGGUCCGGGCUGCUCUGGGGGACUUUGUGGUGUUUGGUAGAGGGGCCGCGGCGAACGCCACGGCUCUGUCAGACUCCAGCCUGCACAGUAAGCUGAGACGGCAGCUGGGGCGUCUGGAGGACUCGCAGCAGAUCCUCCUGCAGAGCUACCAGGUCCUGGAGAACUGCAGCUGGGCCCUGAACGCCCUCGCGUCCUCCGGGAAGCAGUACAACAAGAGCGACGACCUGGAUCGCUUCGUCAUGGUUUCCAGGACUGUUCCCGACGACGCCAAGCAGCUGGCCUCCACGAUAGGCAGCACCGCCGAGUUGCUGUUCAGGCGGACGCACAUGGACGGGUCUUUCUCCAUCGGGAGCACUCCCGAUGAGAACAUGAUCCACCCGAUGACCUCACCCUCCUCCGACAACGACAACUAUGGAGGCCCGACCAAGCCCUUCCCAGUGCCCUCCAGCCAAGACAAAGAAAACAUGAACAGCGAGAAGUGUGUGAAAAGCUGGAUGGAGGACUACGACUACGUACAUCUGCAGGGCAAAGAAGACUUUGAGCGUCAGCAGAAGGAGCUGUUGGAUAAAGAAAACAUUAUCAAGCAGAGUCAAGUCCAGCUGGGCCAGGAGCAGAUCAACCAGUUCAAGAAGCUGGAGCAGGACGUGAUCAAACCGGUGGAGAACGACGUCACGCAGUGGAUCUCGCACCAACACUCGGGCGUGACCUCGGCCCCCCCCUCGGACUCUUCCUCCGCCCCGUCCCCCAUCACCCCCGUGUGCGCUCGUGACCGCCAGCUGCUCGGCUUCUACUCGGAGCAGUGCGAGCAGCACUUCGUGACGCUCCUCAGCGCCGUGGACGCCUUCUUCAGCUGCGUCAGCGCCGGGCAGCCUCCGCGCAUCUUCGUGGCGCACAGCAAGUUCGUCAUCCUCAGCGCCCACAAACUGGUCUUCAUCGGAGACACCCUGUCCCGGCAGGCCUCGGUUCCCGACGUGGCCAACAGGGUGAUGAACUCCAGCAACGUGCUGUGUGACUUGUUAAAGACGGUGGUGGCGGCCACUAAAACGGCCGCCCUGAACUACCCCAACACAGCGGCCAUCCAGGAGAUGGUGGACAGAGUCACCGACCUCUCGCAUCACUCGCAGCAGUUCAAAGAACAGUUGCUGCAACUGGCCAACUUGUGAUUUUCAACCAGUCGACAGACUCUGUGUACAUUAAUCUAGCAUAAAUAUAUAUUUACAGUAUAUAUAUAUAUAAAUAUAUAUAUAUUGCUCUUCAUCUUUAAGUUUUGGAUGUUGUAAAUAAUCUCCGUUCUGUACAUAUUUGCUCUAUUUUUGUGUAGAUUGUUUUAUAUUAUGGUAUGAAUAUCUAUGUAGAUGCAGUAUCGGUGUCUCUGUAGGGUUAUGUAGACGUUUUUCAUAACAUUCCUGUCGCAUAUUAUGAAGCACCUUAUUAUGAGAUGUCCUGUGUUUUUUUAAUUUUUGCCUGUAGAGUGUCGUAGAUGUGUCUUACUGCUGGCUGUGACAGUAAAUCUCCUUGUAAAUCAUGUUAAUGUCGAUAUACAGUAUGUGUGUGUGUGUGCGUGCGUGUGUGUGUGUGUGGAGGUCUCCACAAAGUAAAGGAUUGUUCUUAACCAUG